UUCAAUUAGUAUUUUAAAGAAAAAGUUUUGGGAUGAGAAUGCUCAAACAACAGGGUUACACCUCAAUUGAUAAUCAGGCUCAACAAAUCGAUCAUAUGGGACCACAUAGUAACCGUAUAUUGCAAUAAGUCCCAGAGACAAGAACCAAUUAAUGUCUGUUUGCUCUUUAAAAGCAGUGACAUGUUCCUUUAAUCUCUACAGCUAAAUUAGCAGAAAUUAGUAACAAGCAUGGCUAUCAUAGCUCCUUUCUUGAGCUUAAUUCUCAUCUUCUCAUUAGUUUCAACAGGGACUUCUCUGAGCUCAAACUACUAUGAGAAAACAUGCCCUCACUUGGAGUCAAUUGUUGCCAAGACUGUGAAGAAGGCCACUUCUGAUGACAAUACUGUUCCUGCUGCACUUCUUAGAAUGCACUUUCAUGAUUGUUUCAUCAGGGGAUGUGACGCCUCAGUGCUUCUAAACUCAACAGCGAAGCACAAAGCAGAAAAAGACGGACCGCCAAACAUUUCCUUGCACGCGUUCUAUGUUAUUGAUAAUACCAAGCAAGCAGUAGAAGCUUCAUGCCCCGGUGUAGUCUCUUGUGCUGAUAUCCUAGCUCUAGCAGCCAGGGAUGCAGUUUUUCUGUCUGGAGGUCCUUAUUGGGAUGUUCCCAAAGGAAGAAAGGAUGGAAGAAUAUCGAAGGCCAGUGAAAGCUUUCUACUGCCAGCACCAACUUUCAACAUCUCACAACUGCAGAAUAACUUCGCUCAGAGAGGCCUUUCAUUGGAAGACUUGGUAGCUCUUUCAGGCGGACAUACUUUAGGUUUCUCUCACUGCUCAUCCUUCAGGAACAGAAUCCAAAAUUUUGAUGCCAAACACGAUGUGGACCCUUCAUUGAGUCCAUCAUUUGCGGCAAAGCUAAAAUCAAUAUGUCCGGUCAAAAAUACGCCAAAGAAUGCUGGCAUCACCAUGGAUCCUUCCGCAACUACUUUUGAUAAUACUUAUUACGAGUUGGUUCUCCAAGGGAAGGGCCUCUUUUCUUCUGAUCAAGCUCUGCUUACAGCCACAGAGACCGAGAAUAUGGUUUCUGAGUUUGCUACUUCGAAAGAGGCAUUUUACAGGGCUUUUGUGAAGUCCAUGAUCAAAAUGAGCAGCUUAAAUGGCGGGCGAGAGAUCAGGAGGGACUGCAGGGCGGUCAAUUAGGAAGUCCUGUUCUGUCUAAUUCCGAAGUUAAACUACGAGCUCCCACAAAAAGAGAAUGAUGUUGAAAGCAUGUCUUGUGAAAUGGCUUCAGAAUUACUUGUCUUCCCUCACAACUGUAUGUUCUCAAUGCAAUGAAGUUCAAGCAUAUCUUGUGUAAUGAAUCUAGAAAAUGGUCUUGAGAUGUUUCACAUCUCAAUUCGACUUGUCACUUACCCAACUUCAUAACGUGAGGCUCAAGCCCUUUCCCUUA